AUGAAGGAUCCUGAGUCUGUACCCUUGGCCAAGAAGCCAAGAUUCCGACGGGCAUAUGCCCGAAAGGUCCGGACGGGAUGCAUUUCAUGCAAGAUUAGACAUCUCAAGUGCGACGAGGAGAAGCCCAUAUGUCUCCGUUGCCGUAAUGAUGGCGUCAAGUGUGACGGCUAUGCUCCAACCAACAAGGCAAAAGAUGAGCACCUCAAGGUUCCAGCUCAGAAGUCCCAGACCUUACCGCUUACUGGGGUCAGCAAUCUUGUCUCGGAUGUUCCGCUUGAGAGAUGCUAUUUUCACCACUUCUAUCACUGGACUUGCAAGCAACUUUCCAAUUCUCCUGAGACGACAAACUUUUGGAUUCAACAUGUUCUCCCACUCUCUCACGCAAGUGAGCCUAUCAAAAAUGCCAUUAUUGCUGUUGGUGCCGCCCAUCGAUUCUUCAUGGCGGGCUACGACACUCACUCACCACAACGGAUGGAAUUACUCACAGCCCAGUACAAUAAGGCAGUUUCCCGGAUCAUACCACACAUGUUGAUUGACUCGAAGCUCAACGAGAUUUUCUCACACUUGAGCUUCGAGGCAAGCAUCUUCAUGGAUGACGCCAUUUUACCGGAUAUACGACAGAGCUGGAGCGUGGCCCCGGCCAAUGCCAAUAUCGACCUCUCGACAAGACCGUUCCAAGAUUUGGAGGAGGCGUCAUACGAGUUGCGCCAACUUGGUCUUCAAUUCACCAAGAUUACCAGAGUAGAUUUCAAAGAAUAUUCAGAACCAAGCGAUUCGUUGCAGCUUCCAGAGCAUCAAGAGACAGAAGGUCAGCAUGACGACGCGGAUGCAGAUGCAUUAUUUGAGGAGCUGAAAAGGAGUUUCAAACAAUGGAUAUCUCGGUUUGAUCUGACUAAGAAGACACUGGAACACCUACAAUAUCCUCAAACAAUGUCUCGACAGCUCUUGAGUCUUACAGUCGCACAGAAAUUCUGGUGCAUGAACAUGGACUUUGCGCCUGAGCCGUACCUGGAUCCUCAAGCCGAUCCUCAAGCCGACUUUCUCGAUGCUGCGGAAUCUUUGGUGAAAGAAAUUUCUCACCCGAAUCAUUUUAUUUUCUCCUUCGACGGCGACCUUGUUUCCAACCUCUCCUUUGUCGUCCGUGUUUGUUCAGACAUGGAUCAACGACAACGUGCGCUUAACUUGUUGCGGUUAUUGAACCGGCGGGAGGGUGUCUGGGAUAGCAGAGAGAUUGUAGAGAUGCACGAGGCGACGCUUUCACUCCACGACUACGAGGCUUGGUAUGAGAGAGAGGUGCCUGGAGGGGUUCCUGGUUACAUGGCGGAGCUGGCAAAGAUAUCGAAGAGUUGA